AUGCACACAGCGAGAUCCUGAGCGGACAGACGGUGAGCUUGGCUGCAGGGAGACACAGCUACAAGUCCCACUCCGAGCUCUUUAAGGAAAAACAAGGACUUCUCUGAAAGAGAGGAGGGAAAUAAUCCUCCUCCUCGAGGCUGCAGCUCGUCUCUCCUUCCAUCACUUCUCACUGUGACCUCCACCGAUUUGGAAAUUUCCAAUUUUGGGAAAAUCUGCCUGCAAGUCUUCACGGGGGGAUUUCUUGAAAAGCAUCCUCUCGUAUCCCAGUCACACUUUUCCUCCUCUUUGUCUUCACCUCUUCCCUGGAGGCGGAUUCCAAAAUUUGGACUGCCAAAUUCCAGAGUUUGGGCAUACAUUUGGAGAGGCAAAGAAAGGCAACGGGCACAGUGUUGCCACUGCUCACAAGGAGACCCUGGCUCCUGUAAAGAUGGCUGACACGGUGCAGCCAGACCCAAACAGCCUGCAGAUCCCGGGUGACAAUUUAUCGGCCCCUUCAUCGCCUGCCACGGCGAGAAAUGACUGCAGCAUCACACCCCUCACUCCCUCACCCUCACCAAGGGUGGAGGUCCGACCCAGGAUGGCCUGCCCAUUCUCUGUUGUCGUGGCGAUAGACUUUGGGACGACCUCCAGCGGCUACGCCUUCAGCUUCACACAGGACUCAGAGGCCAUACACAUGAUGAAGCGCUGGGAGGGCGGCGACCCCGGAGUGGCCAAUCAGAAGAGCCCAACGUGUCUGCUGCUCACUCCUGAUUUGCGGUUCCAUAGUUUCGGGUUCGCGGCCCGGGACUUCUACCACGACGUGGACCCGGAGGAGGCCCGGCACUGGCUCUACUUUGAUAAAUUCAAAAUGAAGAUCCACAGCACAAGUGACCUGACCAUGGAGACGGAGCUGGAGGCGGUCAACGGACGGAGGGUCAGGGCCAUCGAAGUGUUCGCCCACGCCCUGCGCUUCUUCAGGGAACAUGCCCUGAAGGAGGUGAAGGACCAGUCUUCAUCAGUGCUGGAAGGAGAGGAGAUCAGAUGGGUGAUCACUGUCCCCGCCGUGUGGAGACAACCUGCCAAACAGUUCAUGAGAGAGGCUGCAUACCUGGCUGGUCUGGUGUCCCCCGACUGUCCCGAGCAGCUGCUCAUCGCUCUCGAACCAGAGGCUGCUUCUAUUUACUGCCGAAAGCUCCGCCUCCACCAGGUGAUUGACCUCAGCCUGCAGCCAAUCACAAACGGCCUCGAUGUGGACGGGUCCCGGCCCUUCGACUCCAGCUUCAGACAAGCGAGGGAGCAGCUGAGGCGAUCCAGACACAGCAGAACCUUCCUGGUGGAGAGUGGAACUGGAGAGCUGUGGUCAGAGCUGCAGACUGGCGACAGGUAUAUGGUUGCAGACUGCGGAGGAGGAACAGUUGACCUGACCGUCCAUCAGAUCGAGCAGCCCCAGGGCACACUGAAAGAGCUCUACAAGGCCUCGGGUACCGUUUCUUUGCAGUCUUCUAAAGACACCGAAAAAAUGUACCCGAUUUCCAGGAGUUUCCAAAAGCUCUCCCUUCCCUCCCCAGGCGGUCCGUACGGGGCGGUCGGCGUGGACCUGGCCUUCGAGGCCAUGCUGUGCCAGAUCUUUGGCGAGGACUUCAUCCAGAGCUUCAAAGCCAAGCGCCCGGCCGCCUGGGUGGACCUCACCAUUGCGUUCGAGGCGAGGAAGCGGACGGCGGCGCCGGGCAGGGCCAACGCCCUCAACAUCUCCCUGCCCUUCUCUUUCAUUGAUUACUACAAGAGACACAGAGGGCAGAGCGUGGAGGCCGCCCUGAGGAAGAGCAACAUGAACAUAGUGAAGUGGUCGUCCCAGGGGAUGCUGCGACUGACGCAGGAAGCCAUGAACGAGCUCUUCCAGCCCACCAUCGUCAAUAUCGUCAAACACAUUGAGGAGCUGAUGGCAAAGCCGGAGGUACGCGGUGUGCGCUUCCUCUUCCUGGUCGGUGGUUUUGCCGAGUCGCCCAUGCUGCAGAAAGCCGUCCAGAGGGCGUUGGGGAGGACGUGCCGCAUCAUUAUCCCCCACGACGUUGGUCUGACCAUACUGAAAGGCGCCGUGCUCUUCGGGCUGGAUCCCACCGUGGUCCGAGUGCGUCGAUGCCCCUUGACCUACGGCGUUGGCGUGCUGAACCGGUUCGUGGAUGGGCGCCACCCCCGAAACAAACUCCUCAUCAAAGAUGGCCGCGAGUGGUGCACGGACGUCCUCGACCGCUUUGUCUCCGUCGACCAGUCGGUGGCUCUGGGGGAGGUCGUGAGGCGCAGCUACACGCCCGCUCGCCUGGGCCAACGCAAGAUCAUCAUCAACAUCUACUGCAGCUCCACGGACGAGGUCACGUACAUCUCCGACCCCGGCGUCAGGAAAUGCGGCGCGAUAACUUUAGACCUGCCAGAGCCGCUGCCAGAGCCGGGAGCGGUGGGAGGAGCAGGGGCGGGGGGCCCGCAGAGGAGGGAGAUCAGAGCGACCAUGCAGUUUGGAGACACAGAGAUCAAAGUCACCGCCGCUGACGUCAUGUCUAACCGCUCCGUCCGGGCUUCCAUAGACUUCCUGUCUAACUGAGGAGGAGCAGGAAGUGGAGACGAGGAAAAGAACUGAUUUCAAGGAUGAUAAUUUUUUUUAGAAAAAAGCGGUACUUUGGGAGUGGGGCCUUAAAUAUUGUGGGAAGGCCGGGAGCUCUGCGUUUGAAACAGAAAACUCACACCUCAUGAUUCAGACAUUCAGGCUCUUCAUUUAAUCGUCAGAGCAGAAAAAGAUCAUGAGAGGAGCGAGUCCUAAAUGAUUAUUCGACUCACCAGUAGAGUUCCCCAUAGAAACAGAUUUGUCUGCCUUCCGGCUUCAAUUGAGAGAUUGCCAUGUCACCGGAAAUAUUGGGAUCGACACUUUUGUGAAGCCAAAGCUGAAGGCCGAAUAAAAAAAAAAUCUGGAGUGAGACGAACAGGUACCAUCAAAUCACCCAACCUGUCUGAGGAGUGUUUCAUCCCCGUAGGAGAGACACUGCCAAACGAAGUACACUACCUAUAUGAGGGAGACUCUCUUAUGUACGUUCAAGUGCCAAACAUUCUGUGUGUUACAUUCCUCAUCAUACAAUUAAUGAUACCUCAUUUAAAUCCCAUUUCAAUAUUCAUGGGGAUGAUUCAUGCUCCUGCCUGGAGUGCAGCUUUGUUCCUUUUCAUUUUGAUUGUGCACCACCCAGUGGUGUAAAGAGUGAACUACUAGCUGAAAACCCUGGUAAUAUGAAACGAUUGUCAGGCGAGUCGUGUAGCAGGAAGCACUGUGUCAUGAUUGCAUAAUUUCAACGCGUCGCUUAAAAGGGUCAAAUUUCAUUCACAUCCAAUGUCUGCGAUCAAGUUUCAGAAAUUGUGUAAUCCUGCGAGGGCGAGGCUGAACAUACUGUUUUUGGGUUGAUGAUGGUUUCUUCUGUCCAAAACCACCUAUAACUUUACAAUGGUUAUUCUACGAUAUUUAAAAUGUUGAGCUGUAUUAUUUGAUUCUCAGAUCAAGCUGUAAACACAUUACUACAGCACGUCCAGACAAUUUACUCAUAUCUUAUGUGGCAGCCUUGAAAACAUUUUAUACCCUCUUCAAUACCACAUAUUGAUGAAAUCAAAACAUACUUGUUGUUCAAAAGGAAAAACUUGACAUGAGCAUUUCUGACCCUUUGCUAUGACACUUGAAAUCUAGCUCCUGUUUCUCUGACUGGCCUUUGAGGUGUUUCUAUACCUCGAUUGCAUCUGACAAUUAAUAUCAGGGCAAAAAAAAAAACAAGGUCAUGGGGUCAGGGACAGGAUUCUGUAGAGGCACAGAUCCUGGGCAACGCUACAGAAGCAAGUGGCCUCCACCGUUGUUGAAGGGAAGAAGUUUGGAACAAUCGGGUCUCAUCCGGGAGUCGACUGCCUGGAUGAACGGAGCUGUGGGAGAGAAGGGCUCUUGGUAACAGCGGUGACGUCGAACCCAAUGAAGCACAAUCAGCAUUCAGGCGUUAGAAUUUUAUUCUAAUUGCCAUAAUAGGCGGUUAUCGGUUAAUGCAUAUGUAAAGUGAGCUCCAGUGGAAAGAAAAGCUUGAUGGACGGUGUUUACUUUUUUCAAACCUUCACACAUCAGAGACUGACCGUUUCAUAAUGUGUAUACUGUAGUAAACUGUAUCUAUAUUAAUGAAUAAAGUAACAAAAAAAAACUUA